AUGGGCAGUGCAAAUCUCACGUUCGGUAAAUCUGAUGAUAUUAUUCAAUGUGUUAGUGAAAAUUUAGAACUAUUACGUUUACCAUGCUCUGCUCAUAGAUUGCAAUUGGUUGUCAAUGAUGGUAUUGAAGAUACAACUGCUGCCUUGACAAAGUUGCAAAAUCCAGGCAUAUGGUCCAAUUUUUUGAUGAGUCUAGCUUUGGAUGCACGUUUUAAAUUUCAAUGGAUAACUGAUCAUCUUUUAUUAUCUGAUUUAACAAAAAACAAUAUUAUUUCAACUAUUAAACAAUAUAUUGUUGACGCAUCCAUACAACUUAAUUCAAAAGAUAACAUUAUUAAUGCUGGUGUUCAGGUGAUGCCUAAAGAAGCUAGCAACAAUAAGACAAUUACACCAUUUUCUGAUAAGGAAAACAAAAAAUGUUUAUUUCCAGCAUUAAAAAUUGGCUCAUUCAAAAAAGCUACAUCAACACCAGUUGAACGUGUGUUUCCUCAAAGCGGCCUUUUAAUGAGACCGCAUCGUUCAAAAUUUUCACAAGCUAAUGUUUGCAUUUUAACAUCUUUACAGUACAAUAAGACAGUAAUUUAA